AUGCCUACCCAGCCUCGUCGUCGUUAUCAACAAGCUCGAUAUGAGCAACCAGAUAUUUUUUCACUAAUAUUUAUUAUUGAUAGUUUUAAACUAUUCUGGCAUUACCAUAUUACACCUGAAAUAGCUAUAUAUGCCUUAAAAUCUAUACGUGAUCUUGUAUUCAUGAUUACUGAAUUACUGAUUGAAAAUACCAUGAUACAAGUUAUAUCAUUAUUAGAACAUGAUCGAACACCACUUCGUGAUUUAGCUGAAGAAUAUUUAAGUAAUGCAAAUCGAACAUUUAUGGAAUUUGCUUAUAUUGGUGAAAGUACAUAUCAAGUUGAUACGAAUAGUGUUUUAUUUUUAUGGAUUUUGUAUUGUUUUUUACAUGGACCAAGAGGAUUAAAAGUUUUACAAAAAGGUGUUCGAUGUUUAACUAUAGCACGAGCAAUUCGUGUUAUUACAUUUUCAAUGACUAUUUUACCUAAUCCAAAUCCAAAAUGUAAUUUUACUGGACCAGUUGAUCCAUUCAAUUUAAGUCCAGGUGGUGCAUGUAAUGAUUUAUUAUAUAGUGGUCAUGUCAUUGUUUAUACAAUAUCAGCAGUAGCUGUGACAAUUCUUUGUUCAUCAUAUCCAUUUGCAUUAUUACGUUUAUUAAUACGUUUAUUUAUAUGGAUUCAAGUUAUUCAACGAAUGAUUCGAGCUGUUGUUGAAUUUCAUCAUUAUUCUGUUGAUAUGUUUCUUGGUUUAUGUGUAACAUUAUUUAUAUGGCAUGCAGAUAUACUUUAUUAUGAUCUACCACGUUUACCAGAACCAUUAUAUCCACAUUUAAAAAGACUUAUAUUUCCAUAUGAUUCUGAUGGUUCUAUUGAUCGAUAUGUUAAUCAAUGUGGCUUAGUUUAUAAACGUUUUAAACGACAACCUUUAAAAACAGUGAUUUGUCCUGUUAAAAACUUUCCAGUUUUAUCACCAUCAACAGUUCAUUUGAAACAAAUUUAA